GUUUCCCACAAUCCCCCGCGCGGGCCAUCACAGAGGGACAGGGACAGAUAGAAGAUACGUGGCUGCUCACUCGUGUCUUCUUCUCUCCAACAUGAUUUCCAGACUAGUCCUCGCGUUUCUCCUCGUCAGCUUCUAUAAGGCACAGCCUAGUCUUGCAGAGGACCCUGGUAACGCUAAUCCAGCCGGCAAUGUUGCUGCGGUUAAUGAUGUGCAGAAGGAAGGAACAUUGAUGCAGUUACAACGGAAGGAAGCUGAGCCUGCAAAACCAGCGGAACUGCCUUCGGCACCAGCUUCACAAGGACAACAACCACCCGCAGAACCACAGAAACCAGCUCAACAGCCACCAAAACAACCUGUACAACCACAGCAGCCACCUGCACAACCACCUGCACAGCCACCAAAACCACCUGCACAACCACAGCCACCUGUACAACCGCCUGCAAAGCCACAGCCACCUGCACAGCCACAGCCACCUGCACAACCACAACAACCACCUGCACAACCACAACAACCACCUGCACAACCACAACAACCACCUGCUCAGCCACCUGCACAACCACAACAACCACCUGUGCAACCACAACAACCACCUGCAAAGCCACAGCCACCUGCACAGCCACAGCCACCUGCACAACCACCAAAACCACCUGCACAAUCACAGCCACCUGCAAAGCCACAGCCACCUGCAGAACCACAACAGCCUGCUGAACAGCCACAGAAGCAAAUUGAACAGCCGCCAUCUCCACCACAAGCACCAAAGGAAGAGGUAAAAGAACCUGAAGAGGAAAAGAAAGAAGAGGAGACUUUGGAAGAAGAUGCUGAUGAUGAAGAUACACAGGAAGGAGACUUUGAUGAACAACCCAAUGUUGAGAGCACCACUGACAGAAUGUACACAGACUACUAUGACUAUGACUACUACGACUAUAAUGGAAAGAGAAGGCCUGACUACAUGAACAAGUGGGAUACAGACGACUAUAAUUGGGAUGAUUUCAACCCUGGUGACACCCAGGAUGAGUCCAACUCUGUCAAGAAACCAGCCCAAGCUCCGAAAGCUGCUUCAAAGAAAGUUCGACCUCAACCAAGUGCACCACGUACCAGCAAGGCCAGCCAGGCUCUCUUCUAUGUCAUGGUUCUUGGAGUUAUCAUCAUUAUGGGCUACCUGUUACUGAAGUAUUGGCGAGGCUCCACCAGAAGCAGAACCUACAAGCAACUGCACAACAAAGAAUACAUUUAAACAUUCGAAGCUGUAAUGUGCGAACAGGAGAUUUAUCAAUUACAUAGGAAUGCAAAACAAGGCUGCUUGAAAACAGACAAUGCAUUUGUUACUAAACUAAUUAUAGAUAUUAUAGAUAUAUUGUGUAUGUAUAAUAUGGAAAAAUUGAGUUAAAUUUCAACUAUUCCGUUUAUGAUCCUGGUUGAUCUAUCAAUUCAGAAAAGCCAUGAGAACACUCAUCCCCCUGGUUAGUUUAAGGUGUCUGGGGUGUGUACAAUGACUCUGGCUGAAGUUCUGCCACUUGUUCCUAGAUGGCGAUUUUGUUGUUCUUGUACUGGAGGGGAAGGCCCAUCACACAGUACCAUGGCUACAGACUCCUGUACAACAAGGAGGAAGAUUGAGAAAGGAGCAUGUAUAGACCUUCACUAGAUCAUUUUAAACAUUAGUCCAUCUUAUAUAUAUAUAUACACACAUAGAAAACCAAUUAUUGAUAUGAUGGUCACAACAUAGUCAAAGAAUUAUACAUGUAUCGGGUUAACUCAUAGACUGUACAAUUAUAGCAUAUCCGUGAUUUUUGGAUCCAGGUUUAUAUAUUUACUAAUGAUUAUUUUUCUUACCUCGAAGGUUUACAGGGUAAUACCCACUGUAAAGCACUUGGCAACUCUUUGACAAACAAAAGUUUGAGUCCCAUUGUGUUGAUCAUCAGAUUAAAUCAUGAAUGGAGGAUUUCUAUCACAUUGUUUUAAUUGAAUUGCUAUAAAAUCAUGAAGUGUGGAAAUUUUCUAGCAUAAGCGAUGAAUUGAUGGAAUAGUCAUAUUGCUAUGAAAGAAUUAGCCUACAUAGUACCUAUACUAUUUACUUAUAUUUAGGUACAACUACCACAGGUGUAUAUUUAUUAUAGGUCAUGGAUUGACUGAAAUAUUGGAGCUGAAGAAAUAUUCCUUAAAAAGGCAGCAAGAUACCUGAUAUUGUAUCUAAUAACACUGGAUGUUGCGCUGAAGUGCCUUAACUUCCACAUGAAGAGAAAUACAAAUGUAUGUAGUGACUGCAAGCUUUAACUUUAACUUAAUAGUUUCUAAACUUUUAGCGACAGAAAAGUGUAUUCAUAAGACUACAUAGUUACAUAAUUUUGUGUUACAGCCUAACACUGAACUCUGGCAAAUCAUGUUUUCAAUUGUACCACCAUUCAUGUUCAAAUGGAGUCUCAGGCCAGCUUCUAGAACAACAAUUAUUGAUAUGUGCACUGGACUAAUGGAUACUGUCAGUCAAUCAGCAUUUUGUUUGGAGCAGUUUUUUGUCAACUGUAUGAAGAUAAUUAUUGAUUGCUGCUUACUGUGAACCAUAGUAGAGUAACGUUACCUAUGCAAUCUGAGAAAGUUUGAAUUCUAUUAUCACUGAAGUGUGUACAAUAUUUCACACAAUUCACUGCAUAUCAAGUACCACUGUAAAGAAAAUGUUAUGAAUUGGAGUUUCUGUAUAUUUUGGGAGGUCAAGGUAUAUUUAUGUACUUGCUGGUGUGUUUAUUUUUAUAGCAGAGGGAAUAAAAUGCCAGAGGCAAAAAAGUCCUAGG